GAUCCACAAAUCGUAAUGCGCGUUUUGGGCUGUCACAGACUCACAGAUGUGUUUAACAAUACAGUAAUCUCUCUUUCUUCUUCGGAAUUCCUACUUACCUUCUCUCCUCCUAUCAUUUUGCGCACCAUGCUCUCCCACCUCAGCUCUUAUUCGCUCACUCCAGCUCAAAACAUUUGUGCAGUUAGUUCUAGCUCCAUCGACUCCUGUGUGUGAGAGCGUACUGAUGGAUGUGAGAAGUGAAGUAGCCUAGAUUUGAUAACAUCAUGGAAUUAUUUUUCUAAGAACACCUGUAGAAAGAUUGUGCACUGGGGAACUAUUCUGAGAAGGACAAUAUCCAUAUAAAUGCAACGUUUUAUUUGGGAAAAAAUAACAACAAAUGGUUAUCUUUACCUUCAUGGAUGUCGAGGACAUUAGUGAAAACGCUCACCAACACUGAUGGCAGUGUUCUGCAAUUUGCAUCUAUGUUUUUGGACUUUUCAUAAUACCAAGACCGUAAGCUCUUCUUCUUCUUCUUCGGGUGUCUUCUGAAAUGCGCUAGAGGAGCUGAAAGGAAGGGGGAGAAGGACAACACAAUGAGGGGGAAAUACUUUCUGCUCGGUUACUUGUUGGUCAAAGUUAUAGCGCUGGUCUGCAAGGCGGACGGAGAACCAGGACAACUGGAUGGCUUUGUCAUGAUGACGACCACCAACGGAUCUAGGGAGGACGAGGGCGCAGGCUUCUCAGAGCCCCCACACACGGAGGACCGGUGCCGGGGGUACUAUGAUGUGAUGGGCCAGUGGGACCCGCCGUUCGUUUGCAAAACGGGCGAUUAUCUGUAUUGCUGCGGCACCUGUGGCUUUCGGUUCUGCUGCUCCUACAAAACCUCGCGGCUGGAUCAGAGCACCUGUAAAAACUACGACACUCCGGUGUGGAUGAUGACAGGUCAAACCCCGUUUAAGAAAAAUGACCUCCGGCACGACCCCACCAAAGAUAAAACGAAUUUAAUCGUGUAUAUAAUCUGUGGAGUAGUCGCUAUCAUGGCACUUGUUGGGAUAUUCACCAAACUCGGCCUGGAAAAGGCGCACCGACCACAGAGAGAGAAUAUGGCUAGGGCUGUCCAAAGCGUGUUACAGGUCGGCUGUCCAGGUGAACAGUUCCAGGGAGAGGACACCCUUGGCAUGCAGGCACAGCACUAUGACACAAGGGCCAACAACCUCCAGGGAGGUCAGAUUAACAACACCGUGGGCCAGCCACACCCCUACCCUGCUCUGAGCCAGCUGGCUCAUGUCUAUGAACAGCAACAACCUGGGAAGGAACUCAACAAGUAUGCCUCGCUCAAGCUCGUCGCGGCCAAGGCCAACGGCGACUUCUACAACAAGCGGCGUCUGAUGGUGGAACUGCCAUCUGAAGGCGGCCUCCCCCUCCAACACAUGAACGCCAUGCGACCUAUGAACGCCAUGACCAACAACCCUAUUUCCCACAACCCAAUUAAUAACCCCACCAUGACCCACAAUCCAAUGAACAACCCCAUGGCCCACAUCAACCCCACGGCCCACAUCAAGCCCAUGUCUCACAACAACCCCAUGUCUCACAACAACCCCAUGGCCCACAACAACCCCAUGGCCCACAACAACCCCAUGGCCCACAACAACCCCAUGGCCCACAACAACCCCAUGGCCCACAACAACCCCAUGGCUCACACCAACCCCAUGGCCCACAACAACCCCAUGGCCCACAACAACCCCAUGGCCCACCAACCCCAUGCCCACAAUCCCAUGAAUACCAUCAGCCCCCUGGGCUCCCUGGGCCCAGAGCCCGUGGCCACCUACAUCACAGAGAUGCCCAGCAGCUUGCCCACUCUAUCCAGCUCCCACCAGGGCUCCACCAUGCCAGCCGCGCCCAAGCAGAACGCACAGAAGCCCCAAAGACUCAGCAGCAGUGGCUGUGGCGGCGACAGAGUCAGUAAUAAAGGUUCAGGAGCCAUGACUAUGUCCAGCAUGACUAGAACAGGGACUUUCCCGGGGCCUCACCGCCACACCGGGACGGUUCCCGGGCCUCACCACCAACAACAACACCACCACCAACAUCAAGAGCAACAACACCACCCACUGGCCUACAGCUCCAACACCAUCGCAGCCCCCAGGGGGGUGGGGGGAGGGGUGGGUCUGAAGGGCUGGGACGGGACUGAGACGGUAGGCAGGAGGAAGGGUUACGGCUCCAAGAGGCCCCAGUGUACGGUGGAGCAGAUCAACAAGCUGCACAGUCAGUCCCGCUCCCAGAGCCACAGUCAGCACUUCCUGCCCACUCAGCCUUACUUUGUGACCAACAGUAAGACGGAGGUAACUGUGUGA